UGGAAAAAGAUGUGACCAGAAAAAUCCCAGAGCGGAGAUUUUACGGUCGCAGCAGAUCAACCGUGUUCUUUCAUGGAAACCUCUUCUGAUCUCCCCGCAGACUCUCUCUCUCUCUCUCUCUCUACUUUCUUUGACUGCCCUUCUCUCUCUAAAACCCAUUUCCAUAUAAGCGUCCUCGAGCCUCUCCUGUUCUGCAUCAUCUCGCUUCACGGCAAGAACAGCAGCCCCCCCUCACCAAAUUUCUGUCAUCUCCUUUCGUCUCCAAAGGGUUGUAGCAUAGACGCCUUCGAAAUUCUCACCGACUUUCCAUUCCCACCUUUGAAUUCCUCGCACAGCUCGUGCUUUUCAAAGCCCCCCACGUUGAAAUCAACUCGAGCACCCCCCGUCCCGUUCAAAGGGUCUUGAUCACUGUGCGCAUUUGAAGGUCUCGUAGACCCUCCCUCCUCUUCUUCCCUCUGGGGCGUGCGAGUAUAAAAGGGGGAGCUGGGGUCUGCGUCAGGCAUAUCUUGUGAAGAAAUUGAUCUUUCGGCUCUCAGAGGAACAGCUUGUUCGCGAGGGAAAAGAAACUAAAAGAAAAGAGAAUUUCUGGGUUCAGUUCUUGAUUCUGGACUAAGAGGUCAACGCUGAAAUUUGUAUGGGUUUAUCGCUCUCCUUGCUCAUAUCUGCUUGGCACGAAAUUGUUGCUCAUUGGUGUGUCAAAUUGGUCCACAACAUCAGUUUAUCUCCCAGGCAGCCAGAAGCGAUUGCCUUGAGGACAAAUAGCUUGAAGAGAACAAAUCUACAGGUCAUGACCAAUUCAGUUGCCUCCGGCAAGACCAAUUCUAAGAAUUCCAUUAAACUCAAAAGCUGCAAGCCCGACAACGUGGUUCUCGAACGAACCCUCUCUUUUGAGAAUUUCUUACAUGGUAAAGAAGCUAGCCAGGCUUCGGAUAACUUAAAAGUCAUAGAUGGUCCGACCUGUAAACCGGCCAGAGGAUUGUCCCUCCCUCAACCUGUGAUAUUUUUCUCGCCGAGACCUAAAAGCGAGCUCGAUGCCGCGGCCGUUAAGGUGCAGAAAGUGUACAAGAGUUACAGAACAAGAAGAAACUUGGCAGAUUGCGCGGUCGUCGUCGAGGAGCUCUGGUGGAAGGCAAUAGACUUUGCAGCCCUGAAGCAUAGUUCCGUAUCAUUCUACAAGGAUGAUAAUAAGCCUGAAACUGUUGGUUCUCGGUGGGCGAGGGCAAGAACUAGAGUCGCCAAGGUAGGAAAAGGUUUGUCAAAAGACGAGAAUGCUCAAAAGCUAGCAUUACAGCACUGGCUUGAAGCUAUUGACCCACGGCAUCGUUAUGGCCACAAUUUGCAUCUCUACUAUGAUGUGUGGUUCAGAAGCGAGAGCACACAGCCUUUCUUCUACUGGUUGGAUGUUGGACAAGGCAAAGAUAUAAAUCUCGAAAAGUGCCCAAGAAGUGUUCUGCAUAAGCAAUGCAUCAAGUAUCUCGGACCUAACGAAAGAGAAGCCUAUGAGGUGAUAGUCGAAAAUGGGAAACUCAUGUAUAAGAAAAACAGCGAUCUUGUGGACACCGUGGAAGGUUCAAAGUGGAUAUUUGUACUUAGCACGUCGAGGGCCUUGUAUGUGGGUCAAAAGAAGAAAGGCAUGUUUCAGCACUCCAGUUUUCUUGCCGGUGCCGCCAUCACCGCAGCCGGAAGAUUGGUCGCCCAUAACGGGAUUCUAGAGGCUAUUUGGCCAUACAGUGGGCACUACCACCCAACAGAAGAGAACUUCAGGGAAUUCAUCAGCUUCUUGGAGGAGCAUCAUGUAGACCUCAGCAAUGUCAAGAGGUGUGCGGUGGACGAUGACAAUCCUUCAUUCAUAAACUCCAGUGAGGACUCAAAACACGGAACAAGCGAGGCCGCCGUGGAAACCGCCCAAUCGGAUGCCCCGGGAGCCGUUGACUUGGUUGCCAAGCCAGAGGAGCCGACCGUCAAACCUGGACUUCCGCAAGAAAAUGUCACGAAUGCCCGUGCCAAGACGGAACAGCCGGUGUUUGACCUUGCCAAGCGCAUGUCGUGCAAGUGGUCGACAGGGACCGGCCCCCGCAUCGGCUGCGUGAGGGACUACCCCACGGAGCUCCAGUCGCGGGCACUGGAGCAGGUUAACCUCUCUCCGAGAGUUGCCCCCGGGGCCUUCGGGAGUUACGGUCCGAUCCCUUCCCCGCGUCCCAGCCCAAGGGUCAGGUUGUCCCCGCGGCUUUCUGGUAUGGGCCUCCCGAGCCCGAGGACCAUCAUUGCUUCAGCUAACUGAGUUCGUUCAACGAGGGGACGGGCUUCGAUUGUUGUGGCAUUGGGCUGGACCAUAGUCCAAUAACUUUUGAUGGCUGAGGCACUUGUAGUUCUGUUGCUCUCAGCUCAAGAUUCUAAUUUCUAGGGAAAAAUAAAAGGGAAGAACCUAUAGUAGGGAAAGAGAGUUCAGGGACUAACCCCAUUUUUUCAUGUAUCUAAGUCAAUUGCUUUGUUCAUUCAAGUUGUUAUUACCCGAUCGUGGCUCUGUUUCCACGUUCUUUUUUGGAUACCUAAUCCGUGCCACCCUAUCUUUUCUACUUUUCAAGAUGAGGGCUGUAAAAGUUAAGUUGAUGAAGAAGCUCGAAAUCUGUUUGCAAGUUCAUUGACUGAUGUUCCAGUUAUAAUAAAGGGAUCCAUCUAUUUCCCA